AUGGAUGCAGCUAUCGAGCAAUAUGCGCCGACUGAAACUCACAAUGAUACUCCAACAGUUUCUUUAUCUUUACCAUAUGGUCUUCAUCCAUCUUGUCUUCAUAUGCAAGUUCGAUCUGGUUCAAAAACGAAAAAUUUAGUUCAAUUUGUAAUACGAAAGUUAAUUUCAUCUGAUCAGAAUUCAACGAAUAUUGAACAAGUAACAUGGAAUGCAUUUGAUGAUGGUAUAUCAGAAGCAAUAGCGUGUGCUGAAAUGGCAAAACGACGUUCAAAUAGGUUAUAA